AUGUCUAAUGACACUCAAAUAUACUCAGCCAGGUACUCGAAUGUGCCGGUGUUUGAAUUCGUCACUUCAGAAGGUCCAAUCAUGCGACGCAAACUGGACUCGUGGAUCAACGCUACACACAUUUUGAAAAUUGCAAGGUUGCCCAAGGCCAAGCGAACACGAAUCUUGGAAAAGGACGUCCAGACUGGUAUACACGAAAAAGUGCAAGGUGGCUACGGCAAGUACCAGGGAACCUAUGUCCCGUUGGAGUUGGGCGAGAUAAUUGCUCGCAAUUACGACGUUUACGAAGUUUUGAAACCGAUUUUCGAUUUCAAGUACAUUGAAGGAGAAACUGCAACUCCGCCACCUGCUCCAAAACAUAACCACGCUAGUGCGUUGAACAUGGAGAAACGACAAGCAAUUUUGAACAAAAAGGAAGUGCAGCUUUUGAAAGCGCAACGACAGCCGAAACUUAAACGCACGGGCACAAAUAACAAUUCCAGUGGCGGCGAGCUGCUGGAUCUAGUGCCGGCCAGGAAAAGAGGACGACCCAAGGGCUCGACCUUGAGCUCGACUCCCAGUCUACAACACUCGGAUACGGUGCCGAUUGAUCCACUGAGGAUGAUAUCGAGACCUGGCAACGUGCAAGGUGGCGCGGCCUCGACUAUGGAUUUGAAGCAGGAGGAUUUGGCGAGUGUAGGCACAGAUGAAGACGACGAUGACGAUGAACUGGACCGUAAUGGAGCCGGGCCAGGGUUGAGAAGACCUACUUUACUCAAUGGCGAGUUUGAAACUCAGCCUGAUUUACUUACAAGUAAGGAGUUGUUUGGUGUUUCGAGACACUCGUUUGAGAAAAACAAUAAUAACCAUAUCCAUCCUAAUCAUCCCAAUCAUCCUAAUCACCAUAAUCAACACAGCCUUACUCAGCUUAGCCAUAACAGCCAUGGCCAUAAUUUGAAUGGACAUGCCCACGCCACGGACCUUUUACAACCUUAUCAUCAACCUAGCAUAAACUUGUCCCAAGAGAACCAAAUCUACAUUGACUAUUUCCAGAGUCUACUCUCGUAUUUCUUGGAGGACGACGGAAACAAGGUGCGGCCAAAUGUGCUACCUGAGAGGAUUCUCAAUCCACCCCAGCCAAUAUCCAAGAUUCACAUCAAUCAAGCCAUUGACAAUGACAGCAAUACGAUUUUACACUGGGCCUGCUCCAUGGGCAACCUUGCCAUCAUCAAGUUUUUGUUGGAACGGUUCGGCAAGGAGAUCAACUCGGACGUGCGCAACGGCAACGGCGAGACCCCCUUGAUGUUUUUGGUUAAAUUCAACAAUUGUUACGAGUUGGGCAAUUUCAAAGACAUUUUAAACAUUUUAAAAGACUCGCUUAUCUUGGUUGACGCCAAUGGGAAAACCGUGCUACACCACAUUGUCGAACUCAAGAAGGAGAAAAACUCCGCUUACUAUCUAGAAGAAUUGUUCAACAGCUUGCUAGGUGGGCAAAACGACGAUGGGGAAGUAGGGUUGAGCGAAGAUAGGGCUGAGUUUGUCCACAAAUUAAUAAACCACCAAGAUUCAGAUGGGAACACGGCAUUCCACAUUGUUGCAUUUAAACUCAGCAAAAAGCUCAUCAAGUUGUUUAUCAACCACCACAAGUUCAUCAACCUCGGGUUGAGGAAUCUAGUCUCGUGCACCGUUGAGGACUACUUGGCAUCGCACAACUAUGUUCUUCGAUUGGACCAAGGUCUGGACCUCGAAGAUGAGGAAAUUGCCAAUGCCGAUGAGAAAUUGAUACGGCAGGAUAUCAUCGAAGAUAACCCACUUAGGACGCAUUCCUUCAAUGCCCAGAUCAACAACUCCAAGAUUGCGCUUAAUCUAUUCAACAACACCGCUAAUGAACUCACGGAGAAGAUGACUCAGUUGUCGUACUUUAUCAACCAAGAACUCAAAGAGAAAGACGAGCUUGUUCUCACGUAUUUCAAGAUCUUGAACCGGGUCAAUGAGAUCAAAUUGUCGUCCCAGCGCGAUAUCUUGGCGUUGUUCAAGUUGGAGCACUUGAUUGAUGACUUGCAAGAUACGCAGAGCCCCAUCCCCAUCAAGACGGAGCUGUUUGGUCAAGAAAGCCAAGCCACCACCGCGGAAAACAUUGUAGACACAUAUAACCUCAAUUUUGAAAAAAAUCAGAUUAUCCAGGAAGAGAUAUACCGCUUGAUUAAUGAUCUCACGUUUCAAAUUUUGCACAAGCGGGAAGAAUUGUUGAAUGUUUUGAAAACGUAUAUGAAUGUGAGGGAGUUUAGCAUUGCGCGGGACCUAGAACAACUCGCUUCGGAAUGCAUCAGUUCGAGCGCAAGCGAGAAUGAGAAUGAGAAUGAGCAUGAGCAUGGUGAUGGGAAUGGCAAUGGAGAUGACAAGAGUGAAGCGUUCAGAUUGACGAGGGAACUCCAUGAGGAAAUUGCGAAAAAGAGACUGUUGGUGAAUCAGAUUAUGAUUGAAACAAGACACGUUCCACUCCCGCCCAAGGUCAAACCGGAAAGCAAUGGCCAAAACGGGGGACCUCGCAAUGAGAAUAACUCGAUUAUUGAGAAAUACGCUGCUGAUCCACAGAGUAAAUUGAUCAAGUAUUGCAAGUUGAUUUCGUUGAGCUGUGGCAUGAAAUUCGAUGAAGUUGAACAGAAUAUCGAUUCUAUCGAACAGAGUUUGCUGAGAAAGUGA